GGCAGAAGGGUUGUUCUUCUGCCUUUGAUCGUUUCUUAAAGAUGCCGAGUCCAUGUGCAUGUGUGUAGAACUUCAAUCAUUAUGACAUAGGCGGGCCUAUCAUAGCACAAUAGUUUUUCUAAAUAGAGAAACUCGAUAAAAAUUCUACCAUGGAAAGCUGAUUCCCUUGCCUGAGCAGCAGGUCGUUUGGAUUCACUCGGGUUACUGUUAUUGACAACUUCCACUCAAUCCCCACCUCUCUCUCUCUCUCUCUCUCUCUCUCUCUCUCUCUCUCUCUCUCUCUCUCUCUCUCUCUCUCUGUGUGUGUGUGUGUGUCUCACAGGGUGUUCGCUUGGAGUUAAACUGUCCAAACCGCAUGGGACUUUUGCUGGAGGUGACACGCAAUUUUGCAAUCAAUGGGCUGACGGUCACACAUGGGCACCUUUCAGUCAUGCACGGUGAAGCUUCAGCAUACUUCUACGUGGCUGAUGCAUCAGGCGGAGCACCAAAUCCACGGUUGUUGGAACAGGUCAUCGAGGCUGUAAAACCAACGUCACUUCGGAUUGCUCCUGAACCAAGCCCAAGAAGAGCAGCAACGUCAACAGUGACCGAAGGUUAUGCUGGGCCCUUCUCACUGAAUGCACUCCAAGAGCGCGGCAAAGUCUGGCUAUGCAGUUUAGCUGGUGGGAUCUUUGGCGUGUCAGACAGCAAGGAAAGAAGGCAAGCAGGAUCCUGAUCAAACUGUGAGUCCAGGUGCAUGCAGCUGCUAUUACUGUGUACAGUUCUGUUCUACUGUGAGCAUACGAAUACGACCGUUGCUCCGUUGUGGUAUAAGGCCUACAAUGUGAUGAGCCUGGCUUGUGCGACCGCCGGACAACGUCACUGGCUGGCGAUGACAGUGAGGAAUGUAUGUUGGUGUUUGCGGUGCGAUAAACUGCAGGGAAAGAAAGCGGGUAGGCUGCUGAUCGAGAACCGAAUGGAAGGUAUAUAUGUUGCUGCUACUACUUCGUACACUGCCGUGCUGUUGGACUGUGAGCGUACACACUUUGCUCGGCUGGAGCCUGGAGAUAAAGAAGACUGUGUCGCGAACACGGUUUGUGCCACUGGCGAAAACGUCACUGGUGGUGACAGGGAGGAAUGUGUUGGUCUUGGCAGUGUGACGGACAGCAAGGGAAGGAGGAGGAGGCAGGAGGCUCCUGGUCGAGCUGGAUGGUGGUGGAUGUAUGCCGCUGCAGCUGCUUCUAUAUCUAUAUGUACAGUGCCGGGCAACUGUGAGCAUACACACUCUUCACUCUGCCAGAUACGACACACAUAGCCGGUAAGUGGUUUUUGUGUCGCAAGAGGUGACCAGAUAACAUGUAUUGAAAUCUUAUACAGGUUUAAUAUGCAAGUCUGUAAGGGCGUACUCACACUAGAACUUUCUGUACUGAGCUCUGGACGUGGUUGUUGCAGUCAGAUUCAUCCGGGUCUCGCCCUCAUUGCGGUCAGAUACAUUUAGAAAAGUCCGAGUGUGAGUACGCCCUGUGAGAGGAGUGCAAGCAGAUCCCUUUAGUAUUGGUAUCCUCUUUGGGUGGCUCCUUGCAGAUGGAAUAUUAGAUGCAAGGAGAAGGAACCUGGUCCAGAAAGCGUCCAAAAUUCCAAUUGGAUAUAGAAUGCUGAGAUGCCUCUGUUUCUCACCUUGUGAGAGGAGUGCAGCAAACAGAUCCGAACAGAUGCAAACACUUUCUUCUGUCAUCCCAGGAGGGGAGAGCAGCAACCGCGUGAAGUUCGCCGUUAACACUCACUAAACCACCAGCACAGCCAAGCCUGUUUUCGCCGAGGUGGAAAAGAACUAUGUGCCAAGCUUUGCAGAAGCGCCAGCGCGAGUUUUUUUUUUUUGUUUUUUCUUUUUCCCUUUUGAUCGACGCCGGCGGACACUUUGGCCCGGUAGCACAGCUUAUCCAGAAUUUUCAGAAUGAUUCAUUUUUAAUUCCCAUGUUUACCUGGGCGCCAUCUGGGCGGUGUAUGUGCUUGCGGCUUAACAAAAAGUUAUUGGUCAAUCUAACUCAAUUAUGAAGAAGAAGGAAGACAUAAUGAUAACCUAAUGCAUGCAUGCAUGCAUGGGUGCACAGCUAGAUCGACCAGGUUCCCGCGCUUCUCUCAGAGAGGGGAACAGCAAUGUCGUGGACAACGAUAAAUAAGCUUGCUUGCAUUAUAAGGUACAGAAGAGAAGGAAGGGCCGUUAUCCGAUGUACGGAUGCAUGCAGCCUGAGCUGGUGACCAGAUGCCAGACGUGAGAUGGGAAGAAGAAGAUGCCGAUGUUACAGAAGAGGAGGAAGGGGCAUUAUCCCAUGUAUGGAUGCAUGCAGCCUGAGCUGGUGACCAGGUGCCACACGUGCAACAGAAGAAGAAGAACAACCACAUGUCAGGAGAGGAGUCAGUGCCAGCAAGCUGGAAAUGAGUCACUUCCACUCUUUCCUACCAGAUCCCCAUGCGUGGAUGGCAUGCAGCCAGAGCUGGCGACCAGGUGACCAAGUGUAGGGUUAGUAUUGUACCUCCUCGUGGCAAAGUGACUGACGACGUCAUGUCGUUAUCGAUUGAUGCGGAGAAGUACGGUGGUCGAGAGGGAAGGACGGAUGCGUCAGUAAUUGUUUAUGAUAGACAAUGACUUGUCGAAAGGGUCGAGGAUCUCUUGUCGAUGCGCGCAGGUCGUUUGGUUGGUUGCUUGUUAUAUUUCAAAAUCUCCCUUCCUAUUUUCAACAUCGAUUGGCCGUCCUCGAUAAAAUCAACUGUCGUUGGCUUCUGUCGUAGUUUUCGGCUCGUGCGUUGGCAUCUGCAGCUCUGUCUCGUCUCCUAGCUCAUUGCAGUUCGCUCACCAACAGAAGGGCUCUGUUGUCAUUUCUCUGGUUAACCGGUUAUGGAGGAUAUCGUCUCGGUGUUUAUAAAAAAAAAAAAAAGAGCAAGGAUUGGAGAAUCCGACGACUUUGUGAAAUAUACGAUCCUCUCGUGAAAGAGAGAAUCCGAGAAAUUACAACAUGCGAUGGCAUUAUGCCACAGAACAGAGACCGGAGGGUUGGAGAUUGCCUUGGGUUUAUGGAAGGGAGAAUUGUCUCUACGAAGGGAGUAAUGGAGAAUCUUCUUGAGAACAGAGGUCGAAGAAAAUGGUGUAUGGGCCUUGCUCUGCUAUUCAACAUUGUACAUGCAUUUGGACGCUUUCUGGACCAGGUUCAUUCAUGCGACUGCAACAUUUUGAAUCUAUAGGGACGUCAGAUACAUAGAUAUACAGUGUUGUGCAGUGGAACGAGGCCCUAUAUAUGUCACAAAUUUUUUGUACAUGCUUUUGGACGCUUUCUGGACUAGGUUCAUCCAUGCGAGUGCAACUUUUUCUGCUACUCAACAUUGUAGAUGCAUUUGGACGCUUUUUGGACCAGGUUCAUUCGUGCGAGUGCAACAUUUUGAAUAUAUAGGGAUGAUUACGAGCUUCAGAUACAUACAUACAUACAUAUACAGUGUUGUGCAGUGGAGUGAGGCCCUCCUAUAUAUGUCACGAGUGCAACGUUUUGUACAUGCAUUUGGACGCUUUCUGGACCAGGUUCAUUCAUGCGAGUGCAACUAUAUCUGCAGUGGAGUGAGACCCUAUAUAUGUCACGAGUGCAACAUAUUGUACAUGCAUUUGGACGUCUUCUGGACCAGGUUCAUUCAUGCGAGUGCAACUAUAUCUGCUACUCAACAUUGUCCAAUGGGUUUGGACUGCUUCUUUGAUCAGGUGCAUUCGUCCGAGUGCAACGUUUUGAAUAUAUAGGGACGAUUACGAGCUUCAGAUACAUACAUACAUAUUAAACAGUGUUGUGCAGUGGAGCGAGGCCCCUUGUAUGUCACAAAUUUCCAGAGGAGAGGAUCUGGUUCGAAUUAUGGUGUAAAUUAGAUUGGUCCCGAUUCAUUGAAGAUGCCGGAUCAGUCUUAAUGACGUUAAUGUAUCUGGUCCACUUUCCGUCAAAAUACAUUCACAACACGUUUACAGUAUCUUGUACAAAAGGCGUAGGGUAGGGUUAAGUUUAAACUUUAAAUCGGGCUUGAAACUUGAAAGUGGGGGCAAUGGCAUCAAAUGUAAAUCGAGUGCAAGACGUCUGCGGCGCUGGUGAAGAAGGAUAAGCGGCGGACGCUCCGGUGAUGUCGGGGGAAAGCUGCCAGCGAACUCUUAUUAAAAUUUAAAAGUACGAUCGUAACACGCCGUCGUAGGUGGUUGAAGCUAUUGUUACACACGCUCAAAGCUCAAAGCUCAGCUUUGUUGUUCGGUUGAAGAAGUGCUGCUACGCGUUUUCUUUUCUUUUGUUUCUUUGCUACGCAGCCUACACUCUUUGUUUUACUCGGCGUUUUCACUACUUUCGAUCGCACUCGGCGAGCUCCUGUUGCUUUGUCAGCAUUGUUUUUUGUUGCUUAACUCUGUGCAAGAUUUUGCGAGGAUCAGGAUGAGUUAGAGAAUAAGGAGUAUACAUGUCGACGUUGACUACCGUAGGCCCGGCGUAGGGGACUUUCUUCAAGGAGGAGAUGAGAUGACAAGGCAGGCGUCAAACAACAUACAUCUUGGGAGAAGUGGUUGGUUGAGCACUUGCUUGGGAGUAGCAAGACGAGGUUUUCGUAAAUGACCAGUACUUGGCCCGGCGGCGGCUAAGGGCCGCGGAAAACAAUAGAGUAGAAACGUUUCGAGCCCGAUGGAUUUGGGCACUCCUGUAGUGGCCCGUACGUUUCGUAAAAUGCUCCUGUAGUGGCCCGUACGUUUCCUAAAAUUGUGGCUUGUUAACGGGCACGACUGCAGGAAUUAUAGUGGGGGGUUUAAGCUGCUAGAUUGUGGUGACAAGUAUAUGUAUAUGAUCUUUCAGACGACUAAGAGUCGGCGCAGAAUGUGCUGACGACAUCAGGUCCUUAUCGGAAUAAGUGGAGAAGGAAUAAGUGGAUACGGUUGAGGAUAGGGUUGGUGUCUGCUCUUACCAGCACCUCUAGCACUGGAAGGGAGUUAAAAUAAAAGGUUUUAAGGUUA